UGCGCUGUACAAAGCAGGGAUCAAUUCGCAAGGAAGUGUUCCAUAAAAUUUAGAUUAAUUGAUUUAUAGUAUUUAUUGAUUUCUCGUCAGAAUACAAAUGAUAUUUGUCAGGACCGGUGUCAUUUGACAGAAUGGUAACACACACUUCGAAUGAUACCACCUAUUCAUUGUCAUUUUGAAGGAGUUUUAAUUAUUUGACAGAAAAAGUGACAUGUACAUUAUUUGACAGCGUCAUAGGCAAACAUACAAUAUAUAGACAAACCGUUUUACAUAUGCAAGGGAGAGCCAAGCACGGAUCUCUGCACAACUUCAGAAGUUUGAACAAAUACCUUUUAAAAUUACAGAGAUGAAACAACAGAGAUAAGUUGACAUGGAAAGAUAAAUGGCGCUGUGAUCAAUUUUGAAUCGAGCUUGACACCAAGUUUUGCACGGAUAUGUUUAUUAAUCCCACGACACGAGUGGUGGGGGUUAUAUGAAUGGUCUCCGUCCAUCCGAUAUAGCUGUCUUUCAGACUGGAUUUUACUUAAAAGCUUACCACCGCCAGCAAGUUAGCAGUUUAACACUGUCAACCGUGCCGAAUGGCCGAGCAACACUAACUGGCUGUUGAAAGCGCGAUUGCAUUGUACGCAUACUUGCUUGAAUGUGAGUCCCGUGAAAGAAACAAAUUAAGGGGUGGGGAAAAUCCGUAGUAGCACUUGCGAUGUUCGCCAAAGUUGCUUUACCAUGCGAAAGAACGAGUACGUCAUAUAAAACGAACCUUACUGAACUUAGGAGAGAUCAUAAUAUCAUGUCAUAAAACAUGUAUAAUCUAAUCUAUUGUACAUGUAUUACGAGACAUUGGGCGGAUGAAUACGCAGCUCGUACAAACGGGACAUACACUAUAAAGUUCGUUUUGGAUAAAUAUACUCAAAGUUGCUGAAUAAGUUUAAACAAUAUUUUUGUAUCUUUGUGCUAACUUUGAUCCUGCUAAAAGGAUUACGUUUUUAGUAUAUGUGAUACGAAAUAUAAAAUAAGAAAUCUUGUAAUUAAGCUGUACUUAAUCAUGUAUCAUAUAACCAGAAGCAAGCUACUGUACACAUCUGUAUUCUUCUUAGUAAUCGGUGGCGGACGAUUUAUUUAUUGCUGGAAACAAGAAGACUCGGGAUUUCUGCCAGAUAUAGUCGUCGCCAGCAGCAUUGCGAUUGCCUUAAUUCUGAUAGACAUUUACAGACUGAAACCAGCGCCAUCCCACACAUUAAGCAGUUUAAUUUUGCAGUACAUAUUCAUGAGAACCUUAUUAGUGUGUGGGUAUACACUGAAGAAACGUUUUGAUAAGAAAUGCAAGAAAUGUGAAGAACAACAAGAAAGUAUUCUGAAAGAAAUCUUAGCACAAAACAAGGAUACACUUUUUGCAAGGGAUCACAGUCUGGAAAAUGUUAACUCUGUACAAAAUUUUAGGGAAACUAUGACGCUCACAUCUUACGAUAACUACCGGAAAUAUGCUGAAAUGAUAAAAGAAGAUGGUGCAGAAAACAUACUUUUUCCCGGAAAAGCUUACUUCCUGGCGCUUACUUCCGGUACAACUUCCGGUAAAAGCAAAGUAUUUCCGAAAAGCCAAAAAGCGCGGAAUAAGGCGAUGCCAUGGAUUCUUGCAAUGAUAUACAACAUGGUAUAUGCUACUGGAAAUCAACUCCUAAAGAAGUGGCUGUAUGUUAAAAUUGUUCCAAAGCUAAUUGUCACAAAUUCCGGAAUAGAAUCUGGACCCAUUGCAGCCGUUACAUACAAAUUCAACUUUCCAUUUUCAGCAGUACCAAAUCUUUCCGUACAAACUGAGUACGAAGCUUUGUACAUUCACUUAGCAUUUAGUCUUGCAGAAGAUGACGUGUGCUGUUUUUCAACAAUGGUGUCAACAACAGCAUUAUCCUUGUUCACAGUAAUGGAGAAGAAUUGGAGCUCGCUCUGCAAUGACAUAGAAAAUGGGGCACUUUCAGAAAAUUUGGACGUUUCUGUUCUUGAAAGAAAUCGAUUAAAUAGGCUGCUGAAACCUAAUCCAAAGCGUGCUGCCUUCUUGAGAAAAGAAUUUGCUAAAGGAUUUAGGGGUAUUGUGUCUAGAAUAUGGCCGACCUGUCCGUGUCUUCUGGCCCUCAAGACUGGCGUGUUUGAAACACCGGCAAAAAUUGUUAAGGAAAAAUACCUAGGUGAACUUCACAUUGCUUCUUUAAUGCAUAAUGGAACUGAAACGAUCUAUGGUAUGAACAUUGAUCCCAUGGCAGAACCAGAUGUCAACUACGUGCCUAUAUUACCCUUAAUCUUCUUUGAGUUUCUUCCGAUUGAGGAAUUUGGAGAGAAAUUACCAUCAACAUUGCUCGCGCACCAGGUGAAAGUUGGACAAAUGUACGAGAUAGUCAUUACUACAUUUGAUGGGUUGUAUCGGUAUAGAACGGAAGAUGUCGUCAAGAUAAACGGUUUCUAUGGUACAACACCAGUAUACCAGUUUAUGCACAGAGCUGGUGAUAUUCUAUCAGCCAACAUGGAAAAAGUGCCCGAAUUUCUCCUCCAUGAUGCAAUUUAUGCUGCAGCUGCAACAUGGAAGAAAAGUAUUGUAGAGUUUACCAGCUGUGAAAGUGUGCAUGUUCAGCUUGCUAGAGCGUCCGAUACUAGCUCUGGAUACGUUGUGUUCAUUGAAUUGAGAGAUGCAAAGAAAUUAAAUGAACAAGAGAUAGAACUAGUUGAUAAGGAAUUGUGUGAAAGACAUACUGUAUAUGCGACAAUGCGCAAGAACAAAAAACUACGAUCAGUUCAAAUAAUUCAGAUGAAAACGGGCGCAUUCGACUCAGUCAAGAAAAUGAUGUUAGCUUCAAACCCAAAUGUAUUUAGCAUGCAAUAUAAAUUACCAAGAAUCAUGAGAAGGAGUGACAUUUUGAAGGCUAUGUUAGAUAUGGAAUAUAAUUGACAAUGUUAUUCACUGUAAACUGUGAUAAAAUUGAUUUGUAUACUAGUAGUGACCUCGAUGUAUCCUUUGGUGGUGAGGAGCAUUCCCCCACCCCCGGUCGAUUUAUUCAAAGAACAUUGACAUCAUUUCUGUGUAUUGAAAUGACAUUUUAAAAGAAAUCAAUUUAUUUUUGCAUGUUGCUUAAAACAGAGCAGAAAUCAUUA